UCCGCCCGCUCCCCCCCCUCCUUCUCAACGUGACAUGCACCGAGCGAGGCCCCGGUGGGGCGCCGCGGCCCUGUGGAGCAGCGCGGCCAGGAGCCGCCGCUACUGGAGGACCGUGGGGCAGCUGGAAGGCAUCGUGUCGGAGCAGGACACGGACCAUCACUUCGUGCACCGGAGCACCAUUCCUACCAUGCACUUCCAGCCCAGCUUGCCCAGAUUGCCUAUUCCAAAACUGGAGGAUACUAUCAAUAGAUAUUUAGCUGCCCAGAAGCCACUAUUGAAUGAAGAAGAGUACAGAAAUACUGAAAAAAUUGCUAGAAAGUUUGAAGCUGGAGAAGGGAGGUUAAUACAUCGUGAUCUUCUGGAACAUGAUAGACUUAAUAAGCAUACAAGUUAUAUAGCAGGGCCCUGGUAUGAUAUGUAUCUUUCUGCAAGAGAUCCAAUUGUUUUAAACUACAACCCUUUCAUUACUUUAAAUCCUGAUCCAAAACCAGAAUACAACAGGCAAAUAGUGAGAGCAACAAAUCUGGUUGUAUCAUCGUUAAAAUUUCUUAACAGCCUGAAGAAUAACUAUUUGCGGCCAGAUAUAUAUUAUGUUAAUCGCAAAUGGGGUCAGAGUAAAGUAUUCAAACAUUUUAUCCGUAUUCUUCCACCUAGUAUAUCCUGGUAUGGAGCGUAUUUGGUGAAUGCAUAUCCUUUAGACAUGUCACAAUAUAAGUCACUCUUCAACAGCACUAGAAUUCCUAAUUUAAGCAAAGAUGCAUUGUUCACAAGUGAAUUUGCAAGACAUUUGUUGGUGAUGAGAAAUGGACACCUCUAUGUUUUUGAAGUAUUGGAUGCUUUUGGUAACAUUCUACACCCAUCUGAAAUCCUGGCUCAUUUAACACAAAUAAUAUACGAUGCUGAUCGGUUGCCUCAGUUUGAUCUUUGCUACCUGACAACUGAAGAGAGAAAUACCUGGGCAACACUAAGACAGGAACUUGUUCAAAAAGGUAACGAAGAAAACCUCAAGAAAAUUGACAGUGCCGUAUUUUGUCUUUGCUUAGAUAGAGCUUCCCCCAAAAAUGAACUUGAACUCACUCAUUGCUUUCUUCAUGGAUAUGGUUUCAAUCGCUGGUUUGACAAAUCUUUUAGUCUGAUUGUCACUAGUGAUGGUACUGCAGGAAUAAAUUUUGAACACUCUUGGGGAGAUGGAAUUGCAGUUCUGCGUUUUAUUAAUGAAGUCUAUAGAGACAGCACAGAGCACCCGGCUCUUGUACCACAUGCCAGUCCAGCUCUAUUUGUUACAUCAUGUGACAAGCUUGAAUUUAAUAUGGAUCACACAAUAACAUCUGCUAUAAGUGCUGCACGUCAGAAAUUUGAUAAAAAAAGGGGAAUGUUCUGUGUUCGAACGCUUAAGUAUAAAAAGUUUGGAAAACAAUAUUUAAUAAAUCAAAAUUUGAGCCCCGAUGCUGUGUUUCAGCUUGCAUGUCAGAUGGCUUUCUAUCACAAGUAUGGAAAACUUCUUCCUUCUUACGAAGCAUGUAGUACUGCAGCUUUUAAGCACGGUCGCACUGAAACAAUUCGACCAACAUCUGUGUACACAAAAAAAUGUACAGUUGCAUUUAUUGAUCAACGAGGGAAGCAUAGCCCUGAAGAUAUGAGAAACAUGAUUGAUGAAUGUUCGAAGUAUCAUAAACGCUUGCAGCUGGAAGCUACAUUAGGCCAAGGAUUUGAUCGCCAUUUAUUUGCCUUGAAGUACCUCGUCCAGCGCAGAGGUGGACGUAUGCCUGAUAUUUAUACUGACCCAGCCUACAAAAACAUAAACCAUAUUAUAGUUUCAACUAGUACCUUAGGCAGUGAAGCAAUUAAUCAUGGUGGGUUUGGACCAGUUGUGCCAGAUGGUUUCGGAGUUGGAUAUAACAUGUUCGAUGACUGGGUAGGAAGUAUUAUAACUAGCUAUUUAGAAAAAGACUCAGAAGAACUUAUAAAAUACCUCGAAUAUACAUUGAAUGAUAUAUAUGAUGUCUUGGAAGGAAGAAGUCUUAAAUAGUAUCAAAUUUUCUAUUGUAUGGAGCUAGCAAAAUAAUGGUGCAAAAUUAAAUAGUUUAAUAUUGUGCAGAGGACUAUGAAAUGCAACAGAAUUAGAAAUUAAACACUAGAAAGCAACAAUUUCAGACAAAGGUUAAAGUAGUUCUAUGUCAAUGUCAGUAUACUAAUAUUGUAAUUUCUUGUUCUUACUGUAUAUUGUUACUACUAUUAAUGAUUUUAUAGUAAACAUUUUUUAUGCAA